AAAUGAACGUUGGACCCCUGUCCAUGCACAAGUGGGAGGAAGGCGAUAAUGAGGCUCCAGCUUGGCCCAAGUCUCUAUCUUUGGUCUCCCAAAGUGAACCAGGACAGGAGAAAAUGACAAAAGCUAAAGAAUCCAUUGAUAUCGAGAUAAGAAAAGGAUCUUUGGUAGAAAAUGGAGACGAUGGGCCCAAAGAAGAGGUGGAGGCGUGGGGGAACAAAACUCAGUUCAUUCUGGCCUGCAUAGGCCUCGCUGUGGGCCUGGGUAAUGUGUGGAGAUUCCCUUAUCUUCUUCAUAAAAACGGCGGAGGUGCAUUCCUUAUCCCUUAUUUCAUCAUGCUACUAGUAGAAGGUUUACCCAUGAUGUAUGUGGAGAUGGCUAUAGGACAAUACUUCAGAGGAGGAAGCGUUGUGUCUUGGGAGAAAAUACAUCCAAGUCUAAAGCGUUGGCCGAUUGAGAAAUACCCAAUAAGUACUUUAUCCAUGCUAACGACUCCACCUUAUGCAGGGUGUGAUUAUACAGAUGACGUAUGCUGUACUUAUGAUAAAACUCUAUACUACUGGUAUGCUGUUGUUCUCAAGGCGACACCAUCAAUUGACGACACUGGAAACGGUCCAGCAUGGCAUUUAGUCAUCUUUCUGAUUUUGGCGUGGAUAGUUACGUAUUUGUGCGUGUUCCAAGGCGUGAAGAGCACUGGAAAGGCAGCGUAUUUCGCGGCAACGUUUCCCUACGCUUGUCUCAUUAUCUUACUGAUAAGAGGGGUAACACUAGAGGGUGCUGAAAUUGGACUCAAAGCUCUCUUUACUCCUCAGUGGGAAAGGUUGGCAGAUCCAAACGUUUGGAUUUCCGCAGCAACACAAACAUUUUUCUCUCUUAGCCUGGGUUUUGGAGCUCUUGUCGCAUUCGCUUCUUUCAUGCCUUACAAGAAUAAUAUUACUCAUGAUGCUAUACUUGUAGCAACAGUCAACUCUUUCACAUCGGUUUUAGCCGGAUUGUGUAUCUAUUCCAUCCUGGGAUUCAGAUCGUUUAAGACUGGGGUAUCAAUAGAUGACGUGAGCGCUGGGUCGGGACUAACUUUUGUUGCGAUAACCGAGGCCGUUACUCAGAUGAACGGAACGCCCUUCUUUGCUUUUGUUUUCUUCUUUAUGCUCUUCAAUCUGGGUAUCAGCAGCCAGUUUGGGACUUUAGCAGGGUUGGUAACCCCACUGUAUAAUGAUCUGAAACUCUUCGGAAAAGCGAGAAAAGAGCUAUGUGUUGCUAUUUUAGCGAUAUUUUUCUGCCUGAUAGGCUUACUAUUCACACCUGGUAACGGAGAAUACAUGUUACAGUUGUUCAACAAUUUCCCGGUGACAAUGCCCCUGCUAGUGGUGGGGAUUACAGAGAUCGUAGCUACUGGUUGGAUAUUCGGCAUAGACAAUUUCGAUAAAGCCAUAAUAGACAUGACAGGAGCACCAUGCCCGCUGUACUUCAAGAUCUGCAUAAAGUAUGUAUCCCCUGCAAUAAUGGUGGUUCUACUGGUGUGGCUGAUGGUCUCCUCUAUUAUUUCCGUGGAUACUUAUCAGGCGUUCGUAAAUUGCAAUCCGGACGACGCAGCACUGAACAUUAACAAGACGAUGACGUUCACUGUUGAUAAGCCGCUGCCAGGCUGGGCCCGAGCGGUGGGGGGUCUGAUGAUUGUAGCUUGUGUGCUCCCCAUAGCAGUGUACGGGGUGUGGAAACACAUGACCUGGGAGGAGAUCAAGCAGGCUAUUAGUGGACGCCGUGUGUACGUAAUAGGGGAGGCAUCCAAGAGCAGUGUAACUGUAAGCCCAGCUGAUGUGAAGGUUAAUUACGCAGCUCACGAUGACGGGAAUGAGUACAAUAACCCAAUCUAACUGGGUCCUUCCUGGCUCCCCCUGUAUCGUCAGGACGAUACACAUAGUGAAACGAUACACAUAGUGAAACGAUACACAUAGUGAAACGACCGAUACACAUAGUGAAACGACCGUGGGGGUCGCAACGUGAUACAAGUCCUUCUUAGGGUAGGAUAUUAUUCAGUAGUGUUAGAGAUCUGACUUUAAAUGCUGAUAUCUGACUUUAAAUGCAUGGUUUUUUUGCAGCGAUGUUGAAAUAAAAGAGUAUUAUAUAGAGGAUGUGCCGAAUAUUCUAGGAGCAUAAGUUUGACGCUGAAGGUUUUGGCGAAAUUUUAAAUUUGCGAGAAAGAAAAGGUUUUACGCCAUUUGAACUGGCUUGACGACCUAAAAUAGCAUUCGGUCAGAUAUUUGAUAGGAGGGAAUGUGAUAUAAAGAUUUAUUUGUACCAAUUUUGAUAUUUUUCGACCU